UGAGGAAAACUAGUGUAACAUGGAAGUGAUACGCCAAAUUGAAAUAAAACAAAAGAAAUUUCUAACACUGUGAAAACUUAUGCAAGUUGUUGUGAUAAUGUACCAUCAUUUCCCAAUAACCACAUGUCCUGGGGACGGUGCACCUGUACCACCUGUAUCUGUUUAUGCUUCAUCAAGUGGGAUUACAUCAGAGAAUCUAUUAUCAGGAUCUCAUGUAGUUGGACCUUCAACUUCACAAAAUGAUGAAAUGCCUUCAAACAGAGGUAGACCGUCGACUGUACCAGUGGAGAUUAGAGAAGAAGAAAUACGUCGACUAAAGAAAAUAAAAAGGGAACUUCGACGACGUGCUUCCAUCUCAGAUAAAAUGAACGCUUUGCAUAGUUUAGCUAUGGAGCUGAUUGGAAUUAAUUUUCAGCCUGAUGAGAGUCAAAAACUUGAGAAGGUUGUUAUGUUAAGUCUUUGUUACACCGUAUUGGAACUAGUUGCUAAUAUCGCUAAAGAUAAACCCGAACUUCAAGCACGUUUUAAGAAACUGCGCCGUCGUUUGUAUAAACUCACGUCUUCAUCUUCUAUCAGGAAUGACAUUCCGUCAUCCCCCGCCUCAAUGUCUUCAUCAUCAACAUCACGAUCUACGAAGAAGCUUCAUAAAUUCACGAAAUCAUUGUAUAAAGUAGCUAUAACAGCAACUGCAACAGCGACAGCAGACAACCGAAGACAAGAAUAUGAAUUGGUGACGAAUAGACUUUCUGAAGAAGAAUAUUCUGUUGUGAAUUUUAGUCCAUCGUCUAGUCCUCAGUCUACACAGUUGGUGAUUGAUGAAGAAAACAAAGAGAAUAUGAUACCGAAAUUGAUAAUUAAAAAUGCAUUUUCAAAUAAAAGUUGCGCAGUGGUGAAGACCAUUACCACGAAUUCUGUACAAACAACAACAACAACAACUCCUAUUAAUUUUGCUUCUUGUGAUGCUAACCAUGACAUCGUUAAACCAACAACAGCAACAACAACAACAAGAACAUCGCCAGCGAUAUGGCGACCAUAUUUAGACUAGAUUGAAGUUUUACCUUAUUUUUCAUAUUAGCGCCAAAAACCUCUUUUUCCACAUAGCCAUAUACAUACAAUUUUCAUACUGUACAUAAGACUAAGCCAUACAUCAUAAGUAAAUAGAUGUCACUUCAGACUUUACUUAUUACUCAUUGUUACUACAUAUUGUAUUCAACAAGAUUUUAAUUUGCUUAUUAUUUUUCGAGAUAAACAGG